AUGCUUUUAAAAUUUGUACAGAUGUAUGGAGGCUCAAAAGUGUUACCAAAGCCUAUGUAUCAAGAAAUUCAUGGUCCUUUGUGCGGUUCAAAUUUUGUAAACUAUCCAUCGCGAUCUCGUUUUAUGGUAGACAAGAAAAGAAGUCCACAUCUCAUAGUUUUACAUAGAGGGAAAUGUAAAAAAGUAUGCCAGAUUUACGCCCCCGUUUGUGCGAGCGACAUGAAAACAUACCAUAAUGAAUGCCAGCUACAAUAUGCGAAGAAAUAUAAUAAAAGAUUGUAUGCUAAAUUUAGAGGUAAAUGUUCUAAUAUGUUGCUUUUAAAUCAUUUUAGGAACAUCACUUACCUGGUGGGUGAAGAUUAUUAUUUCGGUUCACCGGAGGAAGAACCUUUUGAUCCAAACGAAUGUGUCUUACAUUGU